CUAGACGCCUUUUUAAAGUACCAAACAUGGGAAUGCCGUAAUGGUAACAAGUGAGUGACAUGCGGGCUUCCGUUGCCGACGGGUGUGUUCGGGUCCUGCUAUCGUGCUCCUUCUCCCUUCCACGUAUUCCCCCUCGCGCUUCCCUUCUUCUCCUCGCCAGACCUCGAGCCCUAGCUAUCACGGACAGAAAUAUUACCGCAACUAAUGCCACCCACGGCAGCGGCCAUAGCUCUUCAUUCUCCACCUUUGCUUAUACCACUAAAGGCGGAGGAAAAGGUAUGGAGAUGAAAGGUGAAAGGCAAAGAUCGAGUGGUCGAAGAGGAGGUGGUGCUGGCAAAGACAAAAUUGAUGCGCUUGGCAGACUCUUGGUACGAAUUUUGCGCCACAUGGCCUCUGAGUUGAACUUGAGUAUGCGGAGUGAUGGAUAUGUCAAAGUUCAAGAUUUACUAAAGCUGAACAUGAAAACGUUUGCUGAUAUCCCUUUGCGAUCACACACUGUUGAUGAUAUCAAAGAGGCUGUCAGAACAAAUAACAAGCAGCGGUUUAGCCUCUUGGAAGAAAAUGGGGAGCUUUUGAUCCGUGCAAAUCAAGGCCACUCAAUACAGACAGUCGAAACUGAAAGUUUAUUGAAACCCAUCCUUUCAGUUGAAGAAGUUCCAGUUUGUGUACAUGGAACCUAUAAGAGGAAUCUGGAAUCAAUUUUGGAGUCUGGUCUUAAACGCAUGAAAAGAUUGCACAUUCACUUCUCAUGUGGCUUGCCAACAGAUGGAGAAGUAAUUAGUGGGAAGAAGUUACCAUAUUGGUUGGUGUGGGAAAUGAUUCUGUUUAUGGCUUCUUUAUGGUGUAUGGGCUAUGGAAAUUUCAAGGGAAUGUGUGUUUCAAAAGUUCAGCACAAUUGGAAGUCUCUUUUAAGGGCAUCUUUAGUUUUUGUCAUUGGUUAUUUUUGCAAUUUUCUUUUUGGUUUUCCUGAGGAUUAUCAGACUUUGUUAAGGAGAUGUCCUUUAUCUUGCUCAUAAAUUCUAUCUUUAUCUAAUGAAUUUCUUUUUCUAUAAAAAAAAAAAUUAUUAUGUAAACUUUAACGGUUACUGCUUGCUUUUCUGAACAAAGUAUAAUGUCUUGAACUGUAAUGCUAGCAGUGCUGGAAAACGCAACCAGGAGGUAAUUUUCUAGUGUCUUUUGAUUGGCCA